CUUCCUUCUCUUUCUCUCUCCAAACCCACAUUCCAUUUCCGUUUCCAAUCCCAAUCUCUCUUCACUGUUCUCGCCUCUUCUUCCUCAAGACGACACCGUAAAGUUCCCGCUCUCUAUCUUGGUCGCAGAAACAUCACCAGAGAAACCACGAAGCCAAUGGAAGUGGAAGAAACCACCUCCGUUGGUGUUGGUUUCAACAAGAAAAGAGCUGAAGGCAGAGACAAGAAUGAUUUCCCCAAGAAGCACUUGCAAUUGAAAUCUCGCAAGUUAAAUCCCAUCAAUACCAUAUCAUAUGUGCAGAUAUUGGGAACUGGAAUGGAUACUCAAGAUACUUCACCUGCAGUACUGCUUUUCUUUGAUAAACAAAGAUUUAUAUUCAAUGCAGGGGAGGGACUACAACGGUUUUGCACGGAGCAUAAGAUAAAGUUAUCAAAGAUUGAUCACAUAUUUCUUUCUCGAGUCUGUUCUGAGACUGCGGGUGGGCUUCCAGGUUUACUGCUUACUUUGGCUGGCAUAGGAGAAGAGGGGAUGUCUAUCAAUGUAUGGGGCCCUUCAGAUUUUAAGUAUUUAGUAGAUGCCAUGAGAUCUUUUAUUCCCAAUGCUGCCAUGGUUCACACAAGGAGCUUUGGGCCCAUCUUCAGCACUGAUGAGUCCACUGUGCUGUGUCAAAGUAAGCUUUUGGAUCCCAUUGUUCUUGUUGAUGAUGAGGUGGUCAAAAUAUCGGCCAUUAUCCUACAACCAAACCUCUCUGAAGGUCAAUUCCUGACACCUUCUGAGAGUCCUUCACAAAAGAGGAUGGAUCAUAGUCCAGAGACCCUUGACUCCUCCAAUGGAAAAAAGCAGCCUGCCUCAAAGCCUGGUGAUAUGUCUGUAGUAUAUUUUUGUGAACUGCCUGAGAUCAAGGGAAAAUUUGAUCCAGAGAAAGCUAAGGCCCUUGGUCUCAAACCUGGGCCAAAGUAUCGUGAACUGCAACUUGGAAAUUCAGUGAAAUCUGAUCGCCAGAAUAUCAUGGUUCAUCCAAGUGAUGUCUUGGGUCCUUCUGUUCCUGGUCCCAUUGUACUCCUUGUCGAUUGCCCAACAGAAUCUCAUUUGGAAGCAUUAAUGUCUGUACAACCACUUGCUAGUUAUGGUGAUCAAGUGAGCAACCUGCCAGAGGCUAGUAAGAGUGAGACGUGUGUAAUUCACUUAACUCCUGCAUCUGUUGUAAGUUGUUCAAAUUACCAAAAAUGGAUGAAGAAAUUUGGUUCUGCACAGCAUAUCAUGGCUGGACAUGAAAAGAAGAAUGUAGAGAUUCCCAUUUUGAAAUCUAGUGCAAGAAUUGCAACACGACUUAAUUACUUGUGUCCUCAACUCUUUCCAGCUCCAGGAUUUUGGUCUCUUUCAAAUCAUAAUUGCUCAAAAUCGGGCUCUCUUGCUUCAAGUGAGGGUUCUUGUUCAGAACUUUCUGAAGCCAUUUCUGCUGAAAAUCUUCUCAAGUUUACUCUGCGUCCUUAUGCUCAUAUUGGGUUGGAUAGAACUUGUAUUCCAACUACAGUGGCUUCCUCCGAAAUCAUUGAUGAGUUACUAUCAGAGAUUCCAGAGGUUGUGGAAGCAGCUCAGCAUGUAAGUCAGCUCUGGCAACAAUCCAGUCAGACAAAGGAAGAUUUAAUACCUGUGGCAGAUCAUAAGAUGAUGAUUGAGGAGCCAUGGCUGUGUGCAGAUGGUAUUCCUGCUUGUUUGGAAAAUAUAAGGAGAGAUGACUUGGAGAUAGUUCUUCUUGGAACUGGGUCAUCCCAACCAUCGAAGUACCGAAAUGUAAGCUCAAUAUAUAUAAAUCUUUUUUUCAAGGGAAGUUUGCUUUUGGAUUGUGGUGAAGGAACCUUGGGACAACUUAAAAGAAGAUAUGGUGUAAGUGGUGCUGAUGAUGCUGUGAGAGCUUUAAGGUGCAUUUGGAUUUCACACAUUCAUGCCGAUCACCAUACUGGCUUGGCUAGGAUUCUUGCUUUGCGCCGUGAUUUGCUGAGAGGGGUGCCUCAUGAACCAGUUCUUGUUGUAGGACCAAGACUGCUUAAGAGAUAUUUAGAUGCAUACCAAAGACUCGAAGAUUUAGAUAUGUUGUUUCUUGACUGCAAGCACACCACGGAAGCUUCAUUGGAUGCUUUUGAGGAUGGCUUCCAUGGAGUUCCAGUUAAUUCUCAGGAUGUGAACAAUAAUAAUGGUGAAGUAAUUGCAUCAAAAGUUGAUUCGACUUUGUUUGCUAGAGGAUCACAUAUGCAAAGCUAUUGGAAAAGACCAGGCAGUCCUGUUGACAAAAAUGCAGUUUCUCCUAUCCUAAAGAAAUUUAAGGAGGUAAUCGAGGAAGCUGGUCUGAAGGCCUUGAUUAGUUUCCCCGUUAUACAUUGCCCACAGGCAUUUGGUGUUGUUCUAAAAGCAGAAGAGAGGGUUAAUAGCGUCGGAAAAGUGAUACCUGGCUGGAAGAUUGUAUAUUCUGGUGACACAAGGCCCUGCCCAGAGCUAGUAGAAGCAUCUCAAGGUGCAACAGUACUUAUACAUGAGGCAACUUUUGAGGAUGCUUUGGUAGAGGAGGCUAUAGCCAAAAAUCACAGCACCACAAAUGAAGCUAUAGAAAUGGGAAACUCUGCUAAUGCAUAUCGAAUCAUACUUACUCAUUUCAGCCAAAGAUAUCCAAAAAUUCCUGUACUCGAUGAAAAACACAUGCAUAAAACGUGUGUUGCAUUUGACAUGAUGAGUAUCAAUAUCGCAGAUUUGCCCCUGCUUCCCAAGGUUCUUCCAUAUUUAAAAUUACUUUUCAGAAAUGAAAUGAUAGUUGACGAAUCAAAUGAUGUCGUAGAUGCUGUGUCUUCAGCUUUUUAACAAAAUGACUCAAUUGUAUUAUUUAUUUUUGUUUGCAUAUUCUGAUUAUAUCACUAUAUCAGGCCGUGCAAUAUGGUUCAUUUUAU